GAUGCAAGGCAGAAAAAACCCCUAGACUCUCCGGUCGGUGCCGGUGGGUGGCUGCCCGUAACGGCACUGCACACUGCUUCUCUCCACUUCCACUCCACCGCCGCCCCUUCCUCCCCUCAUCACUCGCUCGCCGCACGCCAAGAAAAGCUCUUCCUUGCUCCAGGAGAGCGAGCGAGGCGAGCGCGAGGCUUCCAAGAUUGCGCGGAGGUCGGGGAUGGAGAGCAGCAGCGGGGAGGAGCUGGAGGAGAACUUCCCGGGCCACGAGUGGAUCACCCCGCAGUCCUCCAUCCGCGCCGCCUACCAGUCCCAGACAGAGAAGGGCAUCAGGAAAAUUUGUUCUGAGCUGCUGGAGUUGAAGGAUGCUAUUGAAAACCUGUGUGGGAAUAUGCAGUCAAAAUACUUGGCUUUUCUCAGAAUAUCUGAGGAGGUUGUUGAAGCGGAACAAGAGUUAAUUGAGCUACAAAAGCAUGUGGCUGCCCAGGGUAUUCUUGUGCAGGAUCUAAUGAGUGGUGUGUGCCGUGAGCUGGACAUUUGGCAUAAAUCUUGCAAGGAUGAAGAUGUGACAGAAAAGGAUUUUCAAACUGAACUGGAUGAGAUCUUGUCUGAUGAUACCCAGGAUCCCAGAGUUAUUUUUCUUGAUAAAAUAGACGUUUUACUUGCAGAGCAUAAAAUAGAGGAGGCUUUGCUUGCUCUGGAAGCUGAAGAGAAGAAAUAUUUGAUUACAGAUGAAUCUGGCAAAGAAUCAAAUGCAGAGAUUUCUGCCAUUAAGACAGCAUUGUUUAAAAGGAAAUCUAUUCUUGAGGAUCAGCUUCUUAGGUAUUCUGAACAGCCAUCUUUAUCUAUUACAGAACUGAGGAAAUCGCUGUCUGGUUUAAUUAAGAUAGGCAAAAGUUCUUUAGCCCAUCAAGUACUUCUGAAAUCUUACGGUUUGCGCCUUCAGAAAAGUGUCGAGGCAUUUCUUCCCACCUGUUCAAUCUACACAGAGACUUACUCUGCAAUGUUGUCACAACUUGUUUUCUCAGCUAUCUCAAAGGCAUCAAAAGAAACUACUACACUAUUUGGAGAUAGCCCGAUGAAUACGAACCGGAUUAUCCAAUGGGCUGAAUAUGAAAUUGAAACCUUUGCACGUUUGGUUAGAGAAAAUUCCCCUUUACCUGAGAGUGUUUCUGCCCUUCGCUCUGCCUGCAUAUGCAUCCAAACUAGUCUCACUCACUGCUCUUAUCUUGAAUCACAUGGGCUGAAAUUCUCAAAGUUACUUAUGGUACUAUUGCGCCCUUAUAUCGAAGAAGUUCUUGAUCUGAAUUUUAGAAGGGUGAGAAGAAAGAUUAUAGAUUCAGCAAGGAGUGAUGAUAUUCUGCUUCUCACCCCUCAAGAAGGAUCACCGCUCUCUGGUGCAGUUGCACCAAACAUUAUGCUUACAAGCAGCGGAAAGAAGUUCAUGUCCAUUGUCAAUGAUAUUUUGGAUCAAGUUACCCCAAUGACUAUAGUUCACUUUGGUGGAACAAUUUUGAAUAAAUUUCUCCAGCUUUUUGAUAGAUAUGUAGAAACACUGAUCAAAGUCUUGCCUGGACCUUCUGAAGAUGAUAAUCUAGUGGAGUCAAAAGAGCCUGUUGAAUUUAAAGUUGAAAGUGAUGCGCAGCAGCUUACAUUAAUUGGAACGACAUAUACUGUAGCAGAUGAGUUAUUGCCAGCUGCUGUAUCCAAGUUCUUUGAUUUGCAAACUGAGAAGAAAGGAACUGGUGGAUCAAGUGAAGGCCUUGGCUCUGGGUCCAUGUACUCCAUUGAAUACAAAGAGUGGAAACGUCAUCUGCAACAUUCAUUGGACAAACUGAGGGAUCACUUCUGCCGGCAAUAUGUGUUAUCAUUUAUUUACUUGGAAGGGAAGUCACGAUUGGAUGCUAGAAUGUACUUGGAGUGGAAGAGCGAUGAUCUUUUGUUUGAUCCUGAUCCCUUGCCUUCACUGCCCUUCCAGGCAUUGUUUGGAAGAUUACAACAGCUAGCUAGUGUCGCUGGUGAUGUUCUUCUGGGAAAAGAGAAGAUACAAAAGGUCUUGCUCUCAAGGCUAACUGAAACGGUUAUCAUGUGGCUCUCCAAUGAGCAAGAAUUCUGGGAUGUCUUUGAGGACCAGUCCACCCAACUCCAGCCUUCGGGACUGCAGCAGCUUAUUCUUGAUAUGCACUUCAUUGUGGAGAUUGCUGUCUGUGGACGAUUUCCACACAGACCAGUUCAGCAGCUUGUGUCGGCAAUCAUAACCAGAGCAAUUGCAGCUUUCUCAGCAAGGGGUGUUGAUCCACAAAGUGCUCUUCCUGAGGAUGAGUGGUUUGUUGACACUGCCAAGGCUGCAAUUCACAAGCUCAUGUUAGGGACUUCUGGAUCUGAGUCCGAGCCUGAAGAACAUGUUGCUCUGCAUGAUGAGAUCUCUGAUUCCGAAGAGAGCGCUUCUACUCCAUCAACGAUAGCGUCUGAAGAUUCAUUUGCUUCUGCAAACAAUGAUGAUCUAGAAAGCCCUGUUUACUUCACUGAUCCUGAAACUUAGUUGCUCAGGCCUUGUAGAUGUGUUUAUCUUUGUUAUCAAUUUUACUAUCCGGUAUAGUUGUCAGAACUCAGAACCCUGGAACAACAUUGCCCUCAAAAGAAAAACCCCCAGAAAUAUCACCAGUAAAGGUCGUUAUCACACUUUUCCCCU